GAUGUUUGGGAAGAGGAGGCAACAUGGCGAACACAUACAAAAUGACCAAUCGAGACAUCCAGCAGCUGAUUCUUCUGAGAGCCAGUAAUGCUGCCAUUUUCACCGGGAGGAAGAACUCUGCAUUGAGAGGAUGGAGAGCAAUAAAAAGAGAGCUGGGGCUUCAGGGGUUGAUGUCGGCUCGUCAGCUCAAGAAGAAAUGGGACAACCUGAAUCAGAAGUACAAGGUGAUCAAAAACCCUCCUGAAGGCGAGAAUCCCAAGAACCCUGCAGCCUGGCCCUGGUUUUAUUUGAUGGACGAUGCAGUGAGCGGCCGACUGGACAACGCCGCUAAAGUCAUCGAACUCCUCCCCAUUGACGACGAAAAACAUGAAGCGGACCUACCCUACCGCCCCUGCUCUGACUCGGAAGAAAUCAUCAGCGCUUUGAACGUCGAAAUGGCCCCAAUCGAAAGCGAAGAAGACGUCGAGAUGAUUGACAAAAGCGGGAACUACGAAGAAGGGACUAAAAAACCAGACGAAACCGCGCCGCAAGCUCCGAAAAUAACGGUUAAAAGGCUGGAAAGUGUGCCAACCAUGCCCAAAAACACCCAGACAAAAACAGAACCAAACACACAACCUUCACUGCUAUACGCAACGCUUUUACCAGAUUCUACGGCUUCAGUUGCAAGUAAAGUUCCUACCACCUCUGCUCAAAGUAUAGUGGUGCAAGCUAAACCUGUCAAUAAUACUAGUACGCAAAAUGGCCAACCAACUACAGUACUUUACGCGACUUUGCUACCAGAUUCAACCGCUACUACAUCGAACAGUGGUACUAGAAAUUGCCUUGCAUCAAAUCGGAAUAUCGCUUUGGAAGUUGCAGAGUUAAAUAAAAAGUUAUUGGAAUAUAAAAGGGAGAAAAAGGUGCUGGAAAAAGAACAAGCCGAGUUUGACAAAGAGUUGAUCAAUUUGGAAAGCGAGAGGGAGCAGUUAAACAGAGAAAGGCAGGCAUUAGACUUGGAGAAAAUUGAAAACGAGCGCGAUAGGGCUUUGCUUGACAAAAACAGAGCCAAUUUGGAAAGGGAGAAAGCUGGAGUGGAGAGGGAUAAGGUUUUGUUGGAUCGCGAUAGGGCAUAUCUAGAACGAGACAGAGCGAUUUUUGAACGAGAUAAGAUUUUCUUGGACAAAGCAAAAGAAGAUUUCGAAAGACAGAAGGAUACGAUCAGGGAUCAAACUACAGCCCCUGCAUCUGGGGUUGAAAAGGGGCGAAACGACGGAGUUGCAACAGAGGGAGAGGAACGCAUGGAUGUCACAGAAAAACACAACGAUUUGACAGACAAAGUUUUAGAAAUCUUGACAGCAGAUGGAGACCAAGAAGAAACAAGGCAUAGGUUUGCUACUUUAGUUAAAAAACUGUGCGAAAAAAUGUAAAACUGUAAAGUAAGUGUAAAUGUAAAAAAAAAAAAAAAACUUAAAAUAUAGUUGUUGUACUUUAGAAUAGCUCACUCAACUAAAAGAAUAGCUAGUUUAGGGCUGCAGUGAUUAAUCAACUAAUCUUGACUAAUCGACAAUAAAAAAAAAAAUAUAAGAAUUGUAUUUUGAUAAUUGGUAUCGGAACAAUACAGAUCCUAAAAUAUAUAAAAAGACCUGUUUAUAACAUAUAACACAAGAUGGUGGGAUUGUUUAAUUAAAAUAUGUAGCUUAACCUCCUGUACUGUAUUUGAAUUUCAUCAAUAGUACACUUCUUUCAUAAAUAUUUUCGAAGUUUUUCAGUGCAGUAAAAAAGCCAAAAUUUAAAAACUACUGCUUUUUUGCCAAAAGUUACACACUGUUACUUUAAAUUUAUGUGACAUUUGUACUUUAUUUUUAGGUGAUCAAAAAUAUUCACUAUAUUUCAACCUUUAUUUGGUUGAUAACAUAUUUAAAGGGCCCAUGUUACACUGUUUAAAGAUCUAUGUUAUAAUGUUGUUUCCUCAUCAAAAACAUAACCGGAGUUGUGUUUCGUUUUUUUCAUACAUGUUAAACAUCUUCACUAGAAUCAUUUAGAUCUUGUAAACCCUAAAAUUGCUAAUCUCUCCUACCACUUCAUGACAUCACAGGGUGGAACAGAGCUGUAGGGCUGUAGACCGACUAAUAAUAAAGGAUUACUCAUAUGUGUGCAUGAAACAAAACACAACUCCAGGUAUGUUUUUGAGAAGGUAACAACAUUCUUAAAGCUCACAAGAAUCAAUUUUGCAUAAUAUAGGACCUUUUAUUUCUACCCUAACCCAGUAAUUUUUUUUUUUCUUUCUGUACUAAUUGAGAAAUAUUUGCAUAAAACCUCAGUUUUAUCUUGCAUUAUUAGUUUACCAAACUAAAUGUAAAUAAAAAUUGCAAUGCCUUAUUACAUCUUAUGGGUGGUGAGCUAUUCUAGUGUUAUCAAACAUUUACAUUUCAAAAAAAAUUUUUACAAAAUGACAAAUGAAAAGUCAUAUAACAGCUUACUGUAAUAUUUGGGUCAUUUUCUUCAGAUUUCAUUUGGAUUUAUGGUGUUUUUGAUUAAUUGUGUCAUAAUGGAAUAGCCUUCGGAACAGCACAAUAUCUAAAAGUCAUAUGUAUUGAUGCAUAAUUUGAAAAAUAAUUAGUAUAUUAAUGAGUUAUGGUUGGUUAGCUAAUUUGGUGCUCUUGAGUUAUCCAAUAUUUGUGACUGAUCACUGUCUCAAACUCUCAGUUGUAUAGAUGAGAAGAAGGCUGAGCUUUGGUUUGUAAAAU